AUGAAACACCGCUGCCAAAUGGACAAAGCAGUUCUUCUGCUACUUCUGUUAGAUUCCUGUCUACAGCAUUUGCUGAAUGGUUCCGCUGUAUCUGGAUGUAUUCCGGAUUCCAGAGUCCUUAUCAGCGAAUUAGAGGAAAAUGAAGAGUACCUCAUUAUCUUAAAGGCAACAAGAAACAAAAACAUACUGGGCAAAAAAUCCUUCAAUAUACCUUCAUGUCCACAGGGAUGGGUCCCUUUUAAAGGCAGCUGCUAUAAGACUGGGAAAGGUAUUGAGCAAUGGAGUGCCGCACAGAAAUCCUGUGAGUUGUCAUUGCAGAGAGCCCAUCUCACUGAUAUAGAAACUGAAGAGGAGUACCUGUUUAUAUCUAACUACCUUAAGACCUUCAAUCACAUGAUCAUGCUUUGGACUGGCCUCAAUGACAAACAGACAGAGGGGGAGCUUCGUUGGACAGAUGGAUCUGCUUAUAAUCUUGGGACUGUCAUGACAUCAAAUUUGCCACACAACGAGACAGACUGCUAUGCCCUGCAAAUGAAUGCCACUGGUCCAAACUACUUCUUCACUGGGUUUUUCUGCUAUAUUCCCUUACCGUAUCUUUGUGAAUAUGAAUUUCCAUCAGCACCUGAACAUUUUGGAUUUCAGCUGGAAGAUGUAAAGGAAACUGAGGUGUCUUUCAUAUGGAGUGGGUUACAAGACUGGAUGGAAGCUUUAGUGAAGUCUGACGUGAUCAUUCAAUAUCAAAUGAAGUUUUCUAGAGUGAAGCGGCAGUCUAGGAUACUGCCGUCCAAUAUCACAAGGAUGACUAUUUCAGGACUGUCCCCAGGCAAUCUCUACCUGUUUUCAUUUAGAGUGACAAGUGCUGGUGGUGCAUCAAUAACUCUGGGCCCCGUUCUCUCAGCUGAAACUAGGCCCAAUCCACCACUAAACGCCACAGUAAAGACAAUAACUUCAAGGGAGAUCCCUUUGUACUGGACUGCUCCAGAUAAGUCCCAAGAUGCGUCUUUCGACCACUACCUUAUUAGCUACGUGGAUGUACAGACCAAUACUAAAGAAACUUUUGUUGUGGAAAACUACAAAACAUCUGCAGUUAUACCCAGCAUCAAGCCGUACCACCCUUACAGGAUUAGCAUACAAACUGUGACUGCAGCUGGCUCAGGGAGCUGUGUGGACACCUCAAUAUCUGUAAUCACUGCUGUCAGCCCUCCCAACAGUGUUUCUAUAAACCCAGAAGAUGUGGGUGAAGAGAAUGUAACCUUGCAGUGGGAUCCACCACAAGAGCAGAUUGAUGAAUAUUAUAUCUUAGUGAGAUCAGUCACUGUUGGAGGUGACAGUAAAAACUACUGGGUAAACAACUCAAACAGUUUUGAACUUAGCAUGCUAACUCCUGGCAUGACGUAUGAAAUAGGGGUGGCUGCAGUUAGGAACGGAAACAUGAGUGAGUUGAAGACUAUCCAACAGACUCUAAGGCCCAAAAGGGUUCAGAUUGUCGUUCCAUAUGAACUAAAGACUCACUCGGUAGUGCUGUAUGUUCAGAAGCCUCAUGCUGGGAUAUAUGAUGGAAUUAAUGUCACUUACAAAGAGGGCAGCCAAAGAACCCCUGUGUCUGUAGGAGGUGAUACGAUAACCAUUGAAAACCUGACCCCUGGAACUGCAUAUGACUUCUUUGUGUACACUACAAGUGUAAACAUGGCCAGUGCAGCCUACCAGGUCCCAGCUGUGAAAACAUGCUUGGCUCCUCCAACAAAUGUCAGGGAAGGGAACACCUCAGAAACAUCAGUAGAGAUUGUAUGGGACAGAGCCGAUGGACGGCUUCAGAAUUAUGAAGCCAUGUGUGUUAACUGCGCCCCUACUUUUAUGGUGCAAAAGGUUGAUCAGGAGAGAGCAGUGUUUACACGUCUGGUCCCUGGCAAGAUAUAUACUUUUUCCAUAAGAAGUGAGAAGGAAAAAUAUAAAGAUAGCAUACAAGUGUUCCAGGAAAUCCAAACGGUCCCAAGUCAAGUGGAGAGUUUGAAUCACAGUAAGACCUCUGACACCAUAACAGUCAGCUGGACACAAGCUCAGCAUGUAUUUGAUGGCUACGUUGUUUCCAUAACUAAUGGGAGUUUUCACAAGGAGAAAACCCUCUCCACUAAAGAUCCAAGAACAAAUGAGUUUGGCAGCCUUUCACCUGGGAGCAGCUAUAUAAUUAGCGUGGUGACAACAAGUGGACAAAAGAGAAGCAUUCCAGCUAUAAUCAGUGUUACAACAUAUCCUGAACCACCGCUGGAUGUCCAGUUUAUUGAACAGGAUGAAAAUUCUGUGUAUGUGUCCUGGAAACAACCCAGGGGACUUGUUGAUGGAUAUAAGCUCACCUACAGAUUGUCGACUGGAAAUGAAAUACUUUAUAAAACUAUUUUAACCAGCAACAGCAUUCGAAUUCAAAAUCUAACUCCUGGGACGGAGUACAUAUUUCAAAUCCAGUCUUUAAAGGAAUCUGAAAGCAGUGCGGCUGUUACAAAAAGAGUUAUAGCACGACCAGCUGGGAUCUGUACCCUCUCACUGACAUCUGUGAGCACCACAAGAGCUGGAAUAACAUGGAAACCAAGCAGUGGAAACUUCAGCCAUUACAAACUCACACUUUCAAACUCUACUUUCAUACAAGAAUUGAAUGUUUCAAAGGAAUGGCUGAAUUACACAGCCACAGACCUGGUGCCUGGAAGUAUCUACAAUAUUACAGUGCAGCGAGUUAGUGAAGCAAUUAACGGGGUGACUGCAUUUGUGAUGGUGACUACAGUUCCUGAGAGACCACAAGAACUACAGGUCAUGAGUAUGUCAUCAAGCAGUUUUUCUCUGCGCUGGAGAACACCUGAGGGUCAUGUGGACAGAUACCAAGUGGAUCUCAUCCCAGACCAAGGUUUUGUUACUGUUACAGAACUUGGGGGUGGAGAGCUGCAGGCUAAUGUCUCCAAUACGACCCCCGGACAGCGCUACACUGUUACAGUCUCUGCAGUUUCUGCAUCAGCAUUCAGCUCACCAGUUAGCAGAAUUCUAACAACAAAUGAAACAAAUCCAGGUGCUCCUUUAAAUCUAGAAGGAGAAAGAGUUGGGUCUACAGCUAUUCUGCUUUCCUGGACGGUCCCACCAGUUCUAAAUGGAAAAGUGUUAUCUUACAUAGUGCAAUACAGAGAAGUCUGCCCUUGGCCUGAAUCAGUCUUUAGCCAGGUGUUAACCUAUUCGGACAGUCCAGAAUUUCUUCUCAAUACUUUAAUCCCUGGAUCCACUUACAACAUUAAGGUUGCUGCUGAGAACAGUGCUGGCAGUGGUCUUUUCAGCAGCUCAAUCUUUUUCAAAACUGCUGAAAGUGUACCUGGUCUCGUUACAAACCUCACAGCAUCCGCGUAUAACCACACAACUGUAAAAGUAACAUGGUUUUUACCAAAACGUCCCAACGGGCUUAUUACUAAGUUUCUUAUAAAUGUAAAAAAUGCAAGAAGUGGUCAACUGGAAAGAAGAUUUGAAAUCAACGCAGAGGAGAUCAUGCAAGGAACACUACCUAACUGUCACGAUGAUGCAAAAGUUUAUUCACGGAGCACUCCCAGCCCCUCCACCUCAUCAGCCUCUCCUCCUCUGACUUCCACCUUCUCAUCGAUGACCACCUCAGCCUUGCCAGCACAGUUUUCCUGGGCCAAGCCCAUCACCUUAAUAGUGGACCAGCUGAAAUCUUACACUGCAUACGUGUUUGAAGUGUCUGCAUUCACCAACGAAGGGGAAGGCCUAAUCGCAAGCUAUAUGGUCAGAAUGCCAGAGUCAGUUCCUGAAGACCCACCCCAAAGCAUUGCAAAGUGGAACAUCACCUCAAAAUCUUUCACAAUUUCUUGGGAUCCUCCAACUGUUCAAACAGGAAAGUUCAACUACAGGAUCGAGCUGUACGGGCCGUCAGGUCACAUCUUUGACAACAGCACCAGGGACCUAAAAUUCACCUAUUCUGGCCUUACACCAUAUACGACUUAUACAGUGUUUGUUGGAGCUGAGACUUUUGCAGGGCCUGGACCAAAGACCAAUGUAACCCUCAUAACUCCAGCAGAAACUCCCAGUGCGGUGAACGGUUUGAAAGCAUCAGAGGUCGAUUCUACAUCUGUGACGCUUUCAUGGAAAAGCCCACUGCAGCCAAAUGGAAUCAUUACCCAGUAUAGGAUUCUGGUUUUCAUAACACCUCCUGACAUUCUUGUGCAAAACAUUACACUCACAGGAAAAACAGAGGAUUUAAAUGACUCAACAGUAGUCAAUGACGGUAUGUUAAAGCCGCCUUCCAAGAAGGACACUGCCAUACUAACUGACCCUUACGAAGGCUCGGCAGACUUAUUUUCAUCGUCCCAAUCGCUGGUCUCUUCAGUUACUCCACCCUACUCUUUAUCAGCUAAAAUACCCCUCCUCACUGACAAAAUGAGCACCACUUCAGGGGCGUUGGAGAGAAGCAUGCUGUCAACCACACAAACCCCACUAACUGCCACACUGACACAGACCUCCUCAAUUGCAAAGAGUUCAAGCGCAUGGUUAUAUAACACUGUCUAUUCACUGCCCUCCACUGGCUCCGGCACUACUCAGCUUACUGACUUCACAGUGCCACCUGGAUCGUUACCUACAGAAACGCUGCCACCGCAGCGAAGAGCCUUAAGAUCAGUUAUUACAGUUGUCAAGGCAGGUGGAGCAGGCGAAGCUUCUUCCCUACACUCAAGCCCCACACAGCCUCCUGCUUCCCCGAGAGCUCUGGGUAACGGCUUUCCAAAUGUCACUGGAGCAGUAUCUACAAGUGUCCUGGUCACCAAUCUCUCUGCAGUACAGAUGUCACAUGUUAUUAAGACUCUGAUUCCCUUCACUGAGUACAUGUUUAGUGUAGCUGCCUCUACUGACGUUGGAGAAGGGCCAUCAACCAAUAUCAGUGUGAAAACGAGGGAACAAGUGCCAAGUUCGGUUCAAGGAGUUUAUUAUCAAAAUGUAACCUCAACCUCAAUCCUGGUGUCUUGGGAACCACCUGUCAACCCCAAUGGCAAGAUUACACAUUUUACAGUCUAUGGAAUGGAGCUGCUCACUAAGGAAGCCUUUCACAGAAUCACCAAUAAAACCAGUAUCAUCAUAACAGGACUGAAGAAGUAUACAGAGUACAAACUGCGAGUAGCUGCAUCUACUGGUGUGGGUGAAAGCUCUCUUUCUGAACAAGAUGACAUCUUUGCAAGAACCAUGGAAGACGAACCAGAAUCUGCACCUCAAAACCUCAGUGUUCAACAUGUUACAGCAUACACUGCUGUUAUUAGCUGGUUACCCCCAGAAAAGCCCAAUGGCAUUAUUACAUAUUACAAAGUUAGGUAUGCUAUUGACACAGACUUCCAUACAAAGAACAGCACAACGACAACCAUUACACUUCAGAACCUGAAACCACAUUCAGUCUAUAACAUCUCUGUAAGAGCAUAUACCAGAUAUGGGCAUGGAAACCAAACAUCCUCAGUUUUGAAGGUGUUGACUGGUGAAGACGCUCCUGGCAGUCCACCGUAUAAUUUGACAUAUAAGAAUAUUAGUUCCACCAAGGUAGAAGUUUCAUGGAUAUCCCCAGUACAUGCCAAUGGCAUUAUAUUAUCUUACACUGUAGAAUACUGGAAUGCAUCCCACUCUCUCAACAUCAACAGUAACAGCACUACAGCGAUCUUAUCCAAUCUGAGGAAAUAUACACAAUACUGGGUAACAGUGUCAGCUAACACCAAGUAUGGAAAUGGAAACCAGACCAGUGACAUUUUAAAUGUCACAACUUUGGAAGAUGUUUCUGAAGAUGCCAUUCAAAACCUGACUGUCUUGAUCAUUGAAUGGGAUCUUGCUUUCCUGGCUUCCACCUUAAAACCAAAUGGCCUUAUCACAAAGAAUCAGCUUUCAGUGGAUAACAAGCAGACUUACCAGGUUUUUCCUACCAAGGUUUCUGUUGUGUCUAUCAGUCAUUAUGGUUUUAGGCCAUAUACUAGUUAUGGUAUUACCAUUAGCACCUGUACCAGCAAAGAACCAGGACCCAGCUACUCCAUCAAAGUAAUGACUGCUGAAGUCAUUCCAGGUGGUUCUGUACACAAUCUCACCUACCAAAAUCUUUCGUCAACAACGAUAAAUGUAAGUUGGUUCCCACCAACUUCCCCAAAUGGGAAAUUGUUUUACCAUGUUUCUCUGUGGGGCUCUCAGAUGUCCGUUCUUAUAUCGGAGGUGACUACUAAUAAAACAGACUUAUUGAUUGAGGCUCUUCAGAAGUAUACAGGCUACAUUUUGAAAGUUACCCCCGCAACAGCUGCAGGCUUCUCUGAAAAUACAACAGCAGCCUUAUACAUCAGAACCAACGAAGACAGACCAGAAACACCUCCAGUGAUCACCACAUAUAAAAACCUUACUGCAACCUCUAUCCAACUCUUCUGGAACCCCCCUGUCCAGCCAAAUGGAAACAUAUUAUUGUAUAACCUCGUGAUCCAUGGACCAACAGGCACCAGUUCCUCCAGUACCUCAAAUACAAGCCUGAUUUUGUCAGAUCUUUUGCCGUGCACAAAUUACAAUGUGUCAAUUAAUGCAGAGACAAGAAAAGGUCCAGGCCCUUCAGCUACACAGCUGCUGUACACAGAUGAAGCAGAACCAUCCGCUUCUCCACAAAACUUGGUAAUGGUUAACCACACUGCAGAUACAGUUUGGUUAAGAUGGGAUCCUAGUCCUGAACCAAAUGGAGUUGUGCAGAUCUAUAGCUUCAAAAUAUUUGAAAACAACAGCCAAACAAUAUCAUACAAGAAUACAUCAGGACUCUUCACAGAUGCACAACUAACGGGACUUAAACCUCACAGCGUCUACCUAAUCAGUGUGUCAGCAUUCACGAAAGCUGGGAAUGGAAAUCUGUUCAGUAACUAUGUCAGUUUUUUAACAAACCAGUCAGUAGAUGCUGUACAAAAUCUGCACUGCAUUGGGACAAGCUGGCAAUCCGUUCUGAUCCAGUGGGAUCCCCCAACUAAUUCAAAUGGAAUAAUCACCCAUUAUAUUGUACAAUUUGGAGCGGAUGCCCGGGAAUUAAAUCCAUCUGACCAUGUGUACACUGUUCGAGAACUGCUGGCAAAUACCACUUAUACAUUCCGUGUAAUAGCUGCCACUUCUGCUGGCAUAGGAAAAGACCAGACAUGCUUUGCCGAGACAUUACCAGAAUCAGUCCCAAGUGCUCCUAAGGAUCUAAAUAUAACCAAAAUUCAGUCAUCAAGUGUCACCUUAAGUUGGACCCGACCAGACGUGGUGCCGGGCUACCUGCAGAAUUACCGGAUUGAGGGGCAGCUGCUGUCUAUGCUGUGUAACAGCUGGAACACCAGUGGAUGUAUUGAGAAUAAAGUUGUCCAAUACGUCUCCGGGACAGACGAUUCUCUGGAGGCGAGCAUAUACUCUCUAUUGAAAUUCAGGCGGUAUAGGUUUAGUGUUGCUGCUAGCACUAAUGCAGGCUAUGGCAAUUCGACAGACUGGAUCUCUACAAACACUUUGCCAGGCCACCCUGACUCUCCUCCUCAGAAUGUAACUGCAGUCUCAAGAUCCUACCAUACCAUUGCUAUCAGUUGGAGAGCCCCUGAGGUUGUUACUGGUCCUACAGCCUAUCUAAUAGAUGUGACUUCAGUAGACAGUCAAGACUAUAAUAGGACCUUCGUGAAAAGAGAUGACGAAAGUAAAAAUAUUGAACUCUCCGACUUAACCCCGUUUACAAGGUAUUCUGUAAUAGUAAUAGCAUUCAGUGGAGAUGUUAACGAAGCCCGGAUCUAUGGAAAAGCCAGUGCUCCUGUAAUUGUCACAACACUACAGGACACACCUAAAGACCCACCGAAAAAUGUGACUCUUCAAAAGAUACCAGAUGACGUGACCAAAGUCUAUGUGAUGUUCUCACCUCCAUCUGAGCCUAACGGCGAUAUUCAGUUCUACCGAGCAGUGGUUUAUAAAGAAGACGAUCCUACUGACAUAGAAAUUUUGGACCUCAGAAUUAUCGAAAAUAAUACCGACACGUUGACUGCUGUCAUAGAGGGGCUGAAGGGAGGGUACACCUAUAAUAUAAGCGUAUAUGCUGUCAAUGGAGCUGGUCCUGGUCCCAAGACAGAGCUAAAAAUAACCAUGGACAUCCAAGCACCACCUGAGUCCAGCAUGAUUCCAGUCCCUGCCUACGAUGCACAUGGAGCCACGGUCGUAACUGCUACAACAAUAACAGUCCAGAUGCCUGUCUGUUUCUUCAGUGAUAGCCAUGGGCCAAUUGAAAAAAUACAAGUUAUCGUUGCAGAAGCAAAAGUGAAGAAUGAUGGCAACAUUACCACUUGGAAGGAUGCUUACUUCAACAAACCGAGACCAUACUUGGCUAACAAAGGCUUUAAAAACCCUCCCUGCACUGAAAGGAUGAAGAGACAGACUACCUCAGUUGGCACAUAUGUUUUAGGCGCUGAAGAUACCUGCAUGCCAGAAGGAAAUGAAGAGCAAUUCUGCAAUGGCCCUCUUAAGCCAAAAAAAGAUUAUGUAUUCAAAUUCAGAGCAACAAAUUCUAAAGGCCAGUAUACUGAUUCAGUGUAUUCCAAGAGUGUUACAACUACAGGGGAGGGGUUGUCUGGUCGGACCGUGGAAAUAAUCUUGGCUGUGGCUUUAUGCGUGCUUUCAGUAAUCCUUCUGGGGGCUGCAAUAUAUGCUUUUGCAAGAAUCAGGCAAAAGCAGAAGGAAGGAGGAACCUAUUCUCCACGGGAUGCUGAAACCAUUGACACCAAAUUCAAGCUCGACCAGCUGAUAACAGUAGCAGACCUGGAACUGAAGGAAGAGAAAUUAACACGAUAUUCAUCAUUUUUCUUUAGACGGAAGGAAAUAUUUGUCAUCCAACUUCUGAGUUAUAGAAAGUCACUCAAACCUGUAAACAAGAAAUCUUUUCUGCAGCACGUUGAAGAUCUCUGUGCUAACGACAAUGUAAAGUUUCAAGAGGAAUUUUCGGAGCUUCCAAAACUGCUUCAGGACCUUGCAACGUCAGAUGCCGACCUCCCUUGGAACCGAUCCAAGAAUCGUUUCACCAAUAUCAAGCCGUAUAACAACAACAGAGUAAAGCUGAUGUCUGAAGCCGGUGUGCCUGGAUCAGAUUACAUCAAUGCCAGUUAUGUGUCAGGCUAUCUUUGUCCAAACGAGUUCAUUGCCACUCAAGGUCCGUUGCCAGGCACUGUGGCUGAUUUUUGGAGGAUGAUCUGGGAGACGAGAACCAGAACGAUAGCCAUGCUGACGCAGUGUUUCGAGAAAGGCAGGAUCAGAUGUCAUCAGUAUUGGCCUGAAGACAACAAGCCAGUGACUGUAUUUGGAGAUAUUGUGAUCACGAAACUAACUGAAGAUGUUCAUCCAGACUGGACCAUCCGGGACCUAAAAGUUGAAAGGCAUGGGGACUGCAUGGUAGUGCGCCAUUUCAAUUUCACUUCUUGGCCUGAACACGGAGUUCCUGAAUCGAGCACAGCACUCAUUCACUUUGUAAAACUAAUCCGUGUAAACAGAGCACAUGACAACACAACCAUUGCAGUGCAUUGCAGUGCUGGAGUUGGGAGGACGGGGGUGUUUAUUGGUUUAGAUCACCUUGUACAGCAUGUGAGCGACCAUGACUUUGUGGACAUUUAUGGCCUUGUUGCUGAGCUGCGCAGUGAGCGAAUGUGCAUGGUUCAGAACUUGGCACAGUACAUGUUUCUUCACCAGUGCGCUCUGGAUCUGCUGUCAAGUAAGGGAAACAGCCAGUCUGUUUGGUUUGUAAAUUAUUCAGCACUUGAAAAGAUGGACUCCUUGGAAGCCAUGGAAGGUGACGUGGAGCUUGAAUGGGAGGAAACUACAAUGUAAUUUCUAUUUACAAGGAAGGUUGGCUUUGUUUUGGGUUAUUUAGGUUUUAAAAACCAGCAACAAAAGAAAAGUAUGGACAUAGGGGCCAAAUCUCUGCAAGUAGACCUCCCCCUACCCUUCAUUCGGUCACCACUGUGCCUUCAGUCUCUUCCCUCAGAUCACGCAAGACAACACAUCGCAUCUGUUUUGCACAAAAAUAUAUUGUAUUGUAAAAUCACAUAUCUUCUUGAACUGCUAAUUUAAAAUGUCUUUGUAUUUCUUACUUUUAAUUAUUUUAUUUUUUGGUAAGGUAAUGUAAGCCAAACAGGUUUUUGAGGCAGGUUUUUAUUGGAUUUGUGUUUGUUUGUUUGUUUGUUUGUGUGUCUGUGUGUAAAUUCCAGGGUGAAGAAUAUCAUGUAUUUCUGUUUGGAUGUAAUGUAAAGGCAAUAGUUCUUUGACAGGACUGAUAUUUUGGCCUCUAUUUUGUUGACAUUUCUUGUGGAUUACUUCCAGUGCUGUCACAAUAAACUGUGUUUAAGUGUA